GUGACAGCAGCGAAAGAUGUGAAAUAUCGCAAAAAAGAGCAAAACACGAUUACGUGAAUAGACUUUUGUUUUCAUCGUCCUUCUCCGUAGCAAACCGACCGACUCCGUGUGGCAAAGAUGGCAGCGUCAUCUCAGGCGAGCCGUGGUCUUACGGCCCUUUUCAAACGCGGGUGGAACGAAAUCCCAGAAGUGGUCGGUUCGUCAGUGAUAGCACUAAUUGGAAUCGGUCUGAGUGUGGUCGGAUUGACCAACUACUAUCGCAAAGGCUCCGAUAACCGCCGUUACAAGCUAACGUACGUUGUGAUGCGUCCGGACGAUCCCCGAGCGGCGCACAUUCGCCAGGAUUAGUCUACGCCAUACUCUGCUGUUCGGUUAGAUCUAAAUAAACUGUGUUUACUCAUGUAAA